CUCCCGCUGCGUAUUAUUCCCAACACCCAAACAGAGAACAGUCACUCUCGAAAGACGAAACAUAGCAGCUGCGAAGCUGAGAUCGUAGAAGAAACAGAAAGAAGACUCAGAUGGCGAAAACGACGUCGUUACUCCUCUGCUCUCUUCUCCUCUUUGGAACCCUAGCUCUAAUCCAGGCGAAGAAGGAUUUGAAAGAAGUCACACACAAGGUUUACUUUGAUGUUGAGAUUGACGGAGAGCCUGCAGGUCGAAUUGUAAUGGGCCUUUUUGGAAAGACAGUUCCUAAGACAGCAGAAAACUUUCGAGCUCUUUGCACAGGUGAGAAGGGAACUGGAAAAAGUGGAAAGCCUCUUCAUUUCAAAGGUAGCUCAUUCCAUAGGAUCAUACCUAGCUUUAUGAUCCAGGGAGGUGAUUUUACACAUGGAAAUGGAAUGGGUGGAGAAUCAAUUUAUGGAGAGAAGUUUGCUGACGAGAACUUUAAGCUAAAGCACACUGGACCAGGACUUCUAUCAAUGGCAAAUGCUGGUCCUGAUACCAAUGGUUCACAGUUCUUCAUUACUACUGUUACAACUAGCUGGUAAUUAAUAUCUAGCAUCUAUAUUAAGAACUUGUUAUAGAUGAAAACAGAUAACUACUGCUUGCGGUCUGUUUUCCCUUAAUUUUUUUAGUACAUGUUCGAAGGGCAUGAAAUCACAAUUUUUUUGUGCCAUAAACUAAUGCGAAUGGAUGCUUUCCACCAAUGAUUAGUACACUUGUUUGAGCUAUGCUUGGGCCCACCUUGUCAAUCAAUGAUGGAAAUCUACACUUAAUCCAUUCAAGUGGAUUUUUCAAUGAUCGAUUCCCUUCUAAUGUUAUUCUAUGAUACAAUCCUGCGUCAAAAAAUAUAG